UACCUAAGAGAUAAGUAGAGCAAGCUAUGCAGAUACCUAGAAGCUGUAGGGGAAAGUCAUAGUCCGUACAAGUCACUUGAAGCAUUUGGAUACAUCACCGCUUCCUCUCUGCUUUGUUUCAAUCACCUUUAAUUGUCGAGAAUCCUGCCGACAAUGUCUCUCUCCAACAAGCUCAACAUCACCGAUGUCGACCUCAAGGACAAGCGUGUCCUGAUUCGGGUCGACUUCAACGUCCCCCUCGAUGCGGACAAGAACAUCACCAACAACCAGCGCAUUGUCGGUGCCCUGCCCACUAUUAAGUAUGCCAUCGACAACGGCGCUAAGGCCGUCAUCUUGAUGUCCCACCUGGGCCGCCCCGAUGGCAAGGUCAACUCCAAGUAUAGCCUGAAGCCCGUCGUUGCUGAGCUCUCCAAGCUCCUCGGCAAGGACGUUAUCUUCACCGAGGACUGCGUUGGUCCCCAGGUUGAGGAGACCGUCAACAAGGCUGCCGGUGGCCAGGUUAUCCUCCUGGAGAACCUGCGCUUCCACGCUGAGGAGGAGGGUUCCUCCAAGGAUGCCGAGGGCAACAAGGUCAAGGCCGACAAGGAGAAGGUUGCUGAAUUCCGCAAGGGCCUGACUGCUCUUGGUGACAUCUACAUCAACGAUGCCUUCGGCACUGCCCACCGUGGCCACAGCUCCAUGGUCGGCGUUGACCUCCCCCAGAAGGCCGCCGGUUUCCUCGUCAAGAAGGAGUUGGAGUACUUCGCCAAGGCUCUCGAGAACCCCCAGCGCCCCUUCCUUGCCAUUCUCGGCGGUGCCAAGGUCUCCGAUAAGAUCCAGCUGAUCGACAACCUGCUCCCCAAGGUCAACAGCCUGAUCAUCACCGGUGGCAUGGCCUUCACCUUCAAGAAGACCCUCGAGAACGUCAAGAUCGGCAACUCCCUCUUCGACGAGGCUGGUAGCAAGAUCGUCGCUGAGAUCGUCGAAAAGGCCAAGAAGAACAACGUUGAAAUCGUCUUGCCCGUCGACUAUGUGACCGCCGACAAGUUCUCUGCCGAGGCCACCGUUGGCGCUGCCACCGAUUCCGAGGGCAUUCCCGAUGGCUACAUGGGUCUGGAUGUCGGCCCUGAGUCCGUCAAGAAGUACGAGGAGGUCAUUGGUAAGGCCAAGACUAUCCUCUGGAACGGUCCCCCCGGUGUCUUCGAGCUGAAGCCCUUUGCCAACGGUACCGAGAAGACUCUCAAUGCCGCUGUCAAGGCCGCCCAGUCUGGCUCCAUUGUCAUCAUUGGCGGUGGUGACACUGCCACCGUCGCUGCCAAGUACGGCGUCGAGGACAAGCUCUCUCACGUCUCCACUGGUGGCGGUGCUUCCCUCGAGCUGCUCGAGGGCAAGGAGCUGCCCGGUGUUGCCGCUCUGUCCAGUAAGUAAAUUGGCAUGUUAGUGGAGGAGAAAAGAAAAGCAUCUCCCCUUUGAUGUCAAAUGGGACAUUUUCAUGAAACUGUAAUAUACAAGACCCAAGUUGUGACGGCGAUGUGUGAGCACCUGGCUAGUGGAGAUCAGGCUCGUGUAGGGGGACCUUGGUAGUUUACUUGAUUUGUUAACAGUGCCAUGAUGAGUUUUACGAGGUCGACGACUAAGAACACGAUUCCUGGAUGCAAAUGUGUAGGUAACAAGAGCCCAAUUGCAUUAUGAUGACCGGCUUGCUUUUCCCAGCGUUAUCCCCGUCUAGGCCUCCAGGGAUGGAAAUGGAGGCAUUGAUCAAACAAGCGUCAGAUGAAUGAGCCCGAACCACACAAUGACGCGAAUCCAAUGUAUUGGUAGUCACAUUCAUAGUCUCGCCUGCCUUGGCCUCGCCCCGCAGUAGUGGGCAUCUCUGCUUGUAUCGGGCCCCACGUCUUUAAUCAUCGUCUUGAUAUUCAUCCUCCCAUCGGCUCAAAAGGGGGUAUAGUUUGUGUGUAGCGCGAGAGACAUUCAGCGCGUUCGAGGGGGUAUGUCAUGUAAGAACGCGGGAUCUCUGUUCGUAUACUGUGUUUUCCAUUGUCUUAUCUUGUCUAGUGCGAUGCUUCGACCUUCUUGAGCUCCUCCCUGUAAAGCGCGAACGGGAAGUUAGUUAUAGGUCCACAAAAUAGCAUGGGAAAAGGAGAGAUCGCUCGAUAAAUGGGUUGAGGUUGUCAUCCCGAUGCCGGGGAAGCUGCCCGGUAUCUCGUAUCUCGCGCCGGGCGCAGGGCAAGGACUAUCGAUGCGGUUUGGUAACGUACCUCAACUGCUUGGAGAAGUCCUCCGCAGCAUCGUCGUCAUCCCAGCUCUCCUCCCAGAGAUGCUCGUUGCCUCCGUUGGCUGCUGAUCCAUUCUGCUCGGCUUCUUCCUGGGGCCAAUCUGGCAGAGAAACGGUCAGCACAUGUCCACGGCUUGACGCGGUGGUAGAAGCCCGCGCGUAGAGGGAGAGCUUACCCUCGACGGGGAAGUCCUCGAACUCAUCGUCUUCCUCGAGCACUUGGGGCUUCUGCUGUUGUUGGGGCUGCUCGGAGGCAUCGGCCUUGGUCUGGGCUUGGGUGGAAUUGGACAUGGUGGGUGUGAGGUGUAGAGAAUGGGUGUCGAGAAUAUGGAAGGACACGGUUGUUCUGGAGAAGAUGGGUAUUCUCCUAGACUGAUGGAAGUUGAAUGCGAGAGGAGAGAGUGGUGGUGAUGGUGGUGGGGAAGGAUGGGAUGUGAUGCUGUUGUUCGAUCGGGAGCUUCCCACCUUGGCGGAGGUGCGGCCUCAGGCUGCCAG